AUGGACAUGCCCGUCGAGGUGCCCGUUGAUGACCCCAACGCAGACACGGAAUGGAAUGACAUUCUCAGAAAACAUGGCAUUAUCCCCGAGAAGCCUCCUUCCCCCACCCCGAUCAUCGAGCAAGCGAUUCUCGAAGCGCGGCAGAGAGAGUACGAGAACCGACUGGAAGACAAGGAUCUAGACGAGCUCGCAGACCUCGAAGACGAAGAAGAUGAAGAAUUCCUCACACAAUACCGAAACAAGCGGCUCGCAGAACUAUCCACGCUCCAACAAGCCAGCAUCUACAACCAAGUUUACCCUCUCCAGAAAGUGGAUUAUGCCCGAGAAGUCACAGACGAGUCAUCCAAAGCCUUCGUUCUCGUCCACCUCACCUCCUCAUCAGGAAAUGUGGAGUCGCGCGUAUUAUCAGAGCUCUGGCGACAACUCGCAGCCAAGUUCGGGGAUAUAAAGUUCUGCGAGAUCCGUGCGGAUAUGUGUAUUGAAGGGUAUCCCGAGAGGAACACGCCUACGAUCUUGGUUUACAAGGAUGGCGAAAUUAGACGACAAUUCGUGACGUUGAGGGAAUUGAAUGGUCCUAGGACUAAGAUUGAAGACUUGGAGAAAGUCCUUGUAGAAAUCGGCGCUGUCAAAGAGAAUGAUACUCGUCUACGGAAGCGGUCCGAUUCCACAGAUGAUGAAGGCUCCCGCCGACCCAAGGUCACCAACAACAACAACAAUAGCGAUGACGAUGACGACUGGGACUGA